AUGAAUCUAUCUAUUUCAACAAACCUCUCCUACACGGACAUCACCGGUGAGGUCCCGCCGCAGCUCGGCAACCUGUCCCGGCUGGUCAUCCUCGACCUGAGCUCCUACCUCGGCGGCCUCUACUCUGGCGGCCUCUCUUGGCUCACCGGUCUGUCAUCGCUCGAGUACCUCGACCUGGGAAUGGUGAACCUCAACGCGUCCGUCGGCUGGGCGCGCGCCGUCAACAUGCUCCUGUCUCUGCGCGUCCUCGCACUGUCCGACUGCGGGCUGACGACGUCCGCGUCGUCGCCAGAGCCGGCGCGCGCCAACCUGACACGGCUGCAGAGGCUGGACCUGUCCUACAACGGCAUAAACACCUCAACCGUGGACGCCUGGUUCUGGGAUGUGCCGACCCUCACCUACCUCGACCUCUCCGGCAGCUCGCUGUCCAGCCCGUUCCCCGACGCGCUCGACAACAUAACGGGUCUCCAGGUGCUGAACCUUAAGGGCAACAACAUGGCCGGCAUGAUCCCUGCAGCCCUGCAGCCUCUCUGCAGUCUUCAAGAGGUGGACGUGACCGUGAACCACAUUAACGGCGACAUGUCGGAGUUCAUGGACAGGCUGCCGCGCUGCGCGUUGAGGAACCUGCAGGUGCUGCAGCUGUUAGUGGCUAACAUGUCCGGGCAGCUGCCGGAACGGAUCGGUGACAUUUCUGAGCUGGCAUACCUUGAUCUCUCCUACAACAAUCUUGCAGGUGAGAUACCUCAGGGGAUUGGAAGGCUCUCAGAGCUCACCAGGCUCUUCCUGCUCAAGAACCGCCUUAAUGGCAGCUUGUCAGAGGCGCACAUUGCUGAUCUAGCGAGCUUGGAGUGGAUCGACUUGUCGCAGAACUCGAUGUCGAUGAAGAUCAGCCCAAGAUGCAGGUCUCCAUGCAGAUUGGUCUAUGCUUAUUUCCCAGAUGUCAAGAUGGUCGCCGGUUCCCUGCAUGGAUCAAGCACCAGCCAGACAUCAAAACAUGUUCUCCGGGAUCGUGCCGGAGUGGAUAGGGAGGAAGUUGCCAUCUUUGACGCAUUUGCGGUUGAGAUCCAACAUGUUGGUGACCUGCAGCUCUUGGACCUAGCCGACAACAGGAUAUCAGGUUCCAUACCCCCUUCUCUAGGGAACAUGACAGGAAUGACACAAGAGCACACACCACUUGCUCUGAACCCAUUGGCAGGGUAUGGCGCAUCGGGGAACGAUCGCAUUGUGGACAGUCUCCCCAUCGUGACAAAGGGGCAGGUUCGCGACUACACCAGCAGAAUGAUCUACAUGGUGAGCCUUGAUCUGUCUGACAAUGUUCUCGGUGGAGAGAUCCCAGAGGAGCUGCCCUCUCUCAUAGGAUUGGUGAGCCUGAACUUGUCCAGGAACCACUUGACUGGGACAAUCCCACAGAAAAUUGGUUCUAUUAAAAUACUGGAGUCUCUCGACAUGUCGAUGAAUGCGAUCUCGGGUGCAAUUCCAUCUAGUCUAUCUGACUUGACUUCACUGUGUUACUUGAACCUGUCCUACAACAAUCUGUCAGGAAGGAUACCUUCAGGCAACCAGCUCCAGGCACUUGCUAAUCCAGCAUACUUCUACAUCGGCAAUGCUGGUUUCUGCGGGCCGCCUCUGUCCAAGAAUUGUUCAUCUGGAGAUAACAGUGGUCAGGCUCCUCUCCAUGGAGACAAAGGUUUAUCCAAUAUGACGUUCUUUUACCUUGGAUUGGCAGUAGGAUUUGUGGUAGGACUUUGGCUGGUGUUCUGCUCCUUGUUGUUUGUGAAGACAUGGAGAUACGCUUAUUUUCGGGCCAUCGACAAGGCUUAUGACAUUGUCUAUGUGUUUGUUGCCGUAAGGUUGACGAGGCACAGGGAAAAGGAAGCUACUAUGGACUAA